CAAAUAACGGAUACGUUUUUGCUUAGAAACAAGGUUCCAUCAUUGACCAGGAGUUGUGUCGAUGAUGAUUCUUCUGCUUCUGUGAGGGAUAUACUUGUCAAGCUGACUGAUAAUAUCAGAUUUAAACACAAGAAUGACUGCAGUGGGUUAAGUCCAUUAGGUACUGGUAAGUUAGUUACGUUAGAUGCUAGAAGGAUAGUUGCUUUGGAAGGUCUUCUGGAUAUAGAUCUACACAAUCAAAUUGGACACCAUUAUGACAGAUUUGUCUACAAUCAUCAGCUGUACUCUAGUGUAGACUAUGUUAGAUCGAAACGUCACACAAAUCACAAUAUCUCUUAA